AUGUAUAUUUUUAGACGAGCUGAUCGCCAACCAGGAGAUCAGAAUGAUCGCAUCUGCUCCUGCCACUUUAAGGAUGGUAAGAAGGAGGGGGACCCUGCAUAUUUUGCAUGGAAUGAAGGAAAGGCCAUGGAUUUCUCUGAUCCUGAAUGUACAAAAAGGAGAAAAAAACUCAAAAGUGAGGAGUCCCUGUCAUCUUCACAGAUGGACCAGUUGCAGAUUCCACAAGCACCAAAAUGUCAAUAUCAAGAAAAAUUGAUAUCAGAGCACAACUACUCAGCAUCCUGCACAUUUAACUGUACUCAAGAAAUGCAGCGCCUCUCAACAGAAAUACAACUGGAAAAGGAAUUGCUUGCCCUAAAAAUAGAGUCUAGUAAAAGGAAGCCAAUAUCAAUCCACGAUAUUAAAUACAACGAAGAGAAGGUCUCUGAUCAGCAGGGGCAUUUUCUCUAUAUAAGAAGAAAAUGGAGACUCCCUACCCACCCGAUGUAUUUUGUCGGACAGUUUUCUGUACAUUGCAGUCACCAAUAUAUCCAAAUAUCAUCACCGGCCCAGACGUCAUUCACUCCUUUGAAUUGUGCUGGUAGCAGUAAGGUGUCAUCAUUUGAGAUGGUCACAGUAUCCAAUACACUGAAGUCACAGGACUCAAAUUUCAUACAUGUUCACAGGGUCUCUGCCAAAAUCUUUUGAGGAUUUUUCCUCUGCUAGAGCAUCCAUGGAUGCAAUUGAAACAACCCAGGACAUCACAACACAUAUGGAUAAUCAGGCCAUGGCCUACAGUAUGUACAAAAGUUGCCAUACUUUUAAAGCAGUAACUUGCGUGCCUCCAAAUGGUGCACUUACAUUUUGCUCCAUGCUGUACCCAGGUUCUACUUCUGAUGUAGCUAUUGUACGUCACAGCCAAGUUUUACGAAAGUUCAAAGCUGGAGACCUUAUUUUGGUGGUCAAAGGUUUCACCAUUCAUGACCAGUUGCCCCAGGGUGUCUGCUUAAUUAUAAAAGCUCUUUUAUCGACACUAGGCCAGUUUACCAUACAAGAAGCAGCACUGUGUUACAAGAUUGCUAAAGCACUUAUUCAUGUGGAAAGAGCCAACGAGAGGAUAAAGAAUUACGAGAUUCACAUAC